CGCGGAAGCUUGGUUGGUCGGCUGUGUUGUUGAUUUGGACAAUAGGAGAGUAGAAAACGGUGCCCAUGGUUACACUGGAUACACAACAGCCUUUGCAACUGGAUCAUAAAGAUGAAUAGCAGAGAUUUGUGUUCUUCCAUCACAAACCACUGCUCUAAAGACACAGAAAAGUUGCUUCAAAGAAAACAAGUGGGUCUGGGACACUCAAAAUGUAAAGUGAUCCAAUAUGAGCAACUACGGGACAUGGUAGAGGCCAAACGCCUUUCCUCCCAGCUCUCUCAACAGAAGGUGCAGAAGGUGUUGGAUGCAGCUCAGCUGAAUAAGGAAAGGAGUGUUCUGAGCCUGCAUAGACAAGUGUGGCUCCAGGAGCAUCACAGACUCAAUAUAGCCAGGCACAAGACUGAGAAGGACUUUCAACAAUUUCUUCAUGGAGGUGGAUUCAAAGAAGAAGCAGGCACAGAUAUCAUUUCUCAGUUACAGGAAUAUGAGUUGGAACUGGAACAGGAACGUGAGGAGUUUCGGUUAACCACAGUGGAACCUAUUUAUCAGCUAAGAGAGGAUCUUCAGUAUAGAAUCUCAUCACAUUGUUCAACAGCCAAUCACAUCAGGGAGCUAGAGAAAGUCUCACAGCAGGUUCUGUCUGUCAGACAGCAGCAGGAGGAAGUCAUGGACAGACUGCAGUGUGAAUGUGUGUCUCUACAGGAGGACAUCUGUGUUACUCAACUCAAGGAGAACCUGCUGUCUGCUGGAAUGGAAGACCAGGUAGCAUAUUUGGAGAAGGUUCCAGAUGAGAUCUUUAUUGCAGACUGCCCAUAUACUGAACUCAGAUCAGAUCUUAUCGACAGCUUUCAUUCUCUCACGGAUAAAUAUAAACUCAGAUUAGCGAUAGUGGAGACCAAACUGCAAGGCUUGUACAGAAUUUGUGGCUGGAAUGCAGAAGAUCAUGGGUGUUUCCAGCACAUAAUAAGUCAGUAUUCCCCAAGUCUGCGGAGCCAGCGCUCACUUUACAUGGACAUGUUGCAGAGAAUGCUGCCACAUAUAUCCAAACAGAAACUGAUUGCACAUGAGCGUCAGAGUGACUGGUAUCAUUUCAGCAUUACACAGAAGAAUCUGAUCCUGCAGGGCUGGCAACGGGAUCACUCAGAGCUGCUCCUGAGGGCUCUGAGCAUGUUGGAGGACUGCAGGAUAUCUCACAUACAGCAGCAGGAACUUCAGAAACAGCGCUCAGGCCAGCAGAACAUCUGUCUCAAGCUCAGAGCAAAGCUCCAGCGGUGGCGCAUUCAGCAGGAGGAGGCUGCCGAGUUGGAGGCUACACUUGCUGCUAACUGGUUCAAAGAGGAAGAGGAGAAACUGAGGAAGGAACAGCAAAGAGAAAAGACUAAAAGAGCUCAAGUGAAAAAGCAGAUAAAUACAUUCAAUGCAGAGAAGCAGAGAAAACAAGAAAUGCAGAGAAAGAAGGAUAUGGAGAGGCUUGCAGAACUGAGGAGAGAGAUAGAAGAACAGGUGCAGAAAGAUAAAGAAAGAGUGAAUUUCAGGAAAGAGCAGUUUCAGCAGAAACUGCAGAUGCGUGAAGCUGAAGAAAAACAAAAACAGAAGGAAGAUAAAGAGAGAGAGGAGAGACUGCAGGCUUUACGCAACCAGGUCUCUAAAGUAGCUAAAGCCGACCCAGAGAGGAUGAUGGGAAACACAGUGGUGUGGAGAGUACGUCAACAGCCUGAAGAAGUGUUUACAUUACAAAGGCCACUGUACCAGCUAAAUACAUACACGGAUUCACAGAUUGUGUCUGAUCCCAGAGUGCGUAUUGAACAAGCGCUCAGAACCGCGGGUAUCCAUAACACCCCUUAUGCAAGACAGAUUCUUUCUGAGAUCCAACCUCUAAAGCCACCCAGACGAGACAUGGAGUCCGCUGCCUUCAGAUCCUGACCCAUAAUUAUAUGAAUAUAAUCAUCUUUUCACAUAUAUGAGUCAUGAUUUGUCUACAUGUGGCCCACUGUCUUACAAAUUAGUCUACAUAUUUUUUAACCAUAUUCCUUUGGACACUAUUCAAUAUUUGGAGCGUUGAUUGAUUGAUGUGUCAAAGUCUUGAUCUCAAAAGAUUAAGGAAUAUUUCAUUUCUCAUGAUAUAUCCAGCUUGCCUGAGGCAAAUAGAUCUAACCAUUUUGGGCUUUUUAUAUACAAUAAAGUAUAUAGUGCUAUA